AUGAAGUACCUGCAAGAGAAUCUAGGAUGUCUCCUAUUUUCGGAUGACCCGACAUUUACCAAGGGCCUCACAACAGACGAAGAGAAGAACGAGACUGCCUGGGUUCAGGGUCACAAGGAAAUCACUGCAAUCUGCAAUACAUAUCUCUCAUUUGCGGCCUUUGAAACCAAGCCCGCUGGAGUCAAGGGGCCUGGAGAGCGACUGGAUCUAUACCCAUUGUAUUUCCAUGCCGCCACCAAUUGGGGAUAUCAUGCUUUUGAAAGUGGUCCUCAUUGUCCACCAAUCUCAUUUCUCAGAAGCCAAGCCCAUAUAGGUACAUGGCUAGGAGUAGCAGGGCUAGUCCGGUCUCGGUCUUACUUAUCCAUUUUACUGAAUAAUCGAAUCAGGCUCCGUCAUAGAAUCGGUGAUCCUGAAGCAACAGGGCUGCACUGGGCGGCAUUAUAUGGACUGGCCACAGAAGUGGCAAGCUAUUUAGAGAUGGGUAUACCAGCAGACAUAGUAGAUGAGUGGGAUCGGACACCGCUCAUGUAUGCUGCUGAAACCAGACGCGAAGCAGUAAUAGAACAGUUACUUGCUACAAACCAAGUGGAUCCCGAUGCAGAAGACGACACUGGAUUAACAGCCGUGAUAUAUGCAACAGUUCAUAAUCAUGUUACAGCAGCAGGCUAA